UUGUUCCAUUUCAGGUCAGUGGCUUCAACGCUGCUAGGGAGUACGUCUCCCAGUCAAAGCCGUGACGGGUGGUCAUCUUGGCUGUUCUCGGUCCAGACUGUCUGACCCGUGCGUGCUCCACCAUGAAGACAGCGAUGUCUAGACUGGUUUGGAUUUUGGCCAUGGUCUCCUGUGUGUGGACCGUCCGAGGUCUUCGACCCCUUUGGCCGGAAUCUUCACAAAGCGUUCGCUUAUUGAAACACGAGGGCCACGAUCCAAGUGAACAUCACAUAAGAAGCAAGAGAAACGCCACUGGCGUUGAGGAGCCAUUGAGCGAUCUCGUGCGUGUUUCGGACCUUAGUUCUGCCUUUCAUUUGAAUAACAGCCAUCUUCAUUUAAUGGUUCAUUGGGCGGGUCAAGGCUCGAACAUCAUGUUUUGUUUGGCACGAGAUCAAGAAAUGAAGCCUGGAGCCACCUCCAAAGUGUUCUACUCGACGGAUUAUGGCACGAGCUUCCAAGACAUCUCGUCCAAAUUCCAACUUAAAGAUGGCGAGCUCGCCACAGUCUCCAAAUUCUAUCAUCACCCCAUGUCCAAUUGUCAUUACGUGUUCACGGACACUGUUCACAAGUACCUUUUCACGAGCACCGAUUGCGGGACAACCUUCUUUGGACACAAGUUAGAGAUCACCCCGGAAUUGGUCGAGUUCGAUAAGUCUCAAGAUAAAGUGUUCCUCGUCCAUGAUUUGAUUGACGAACAAAAGAAGUUGUACGUGACCCGAAACUUUGGAGAAACCUUCAGUCGAGUGCAGGAUUACGUCAAGGGAUUUUUCUUUCAAUACGACGGCGACAACACCAUACUUUACGUCCAGAGGCUUGAACCCCCGGGAAACCGCACUACGGUCUUGGCCUCCAAUAAUUACUUUGAGCGUCAAAUCGACACCUCGAUCAUUUAUGUGGGCGCUAGUGAGUUUGAGUUGAGAGAAAAGCUGAUGUUAAUCACGCGUCCCAAUCCCCAAAACGCCUCCCAAUUAGACCUCUUGAUUUCCUCUCACGGCGAGAAAUUUGUGCCCGUCAAGUUGGGCAACACUCUUCCCACGCUGGACUAUCAUAUCAUAGACGUAACGGAAGAUGGUGUGGUCAUGUUGUGUGUCAACCACGGGCACAGUCUCUCAAACUUGUAUACUUCAGUGAAGAUCACGCCGCAUGAGGUCGACUUCGCUCUGUCUUUGGAACGAGUGAUGUUUUACAAUCCCCGUGUGACAUGGCACGACUCUUGGUUGUCUGAUACGGCUGGCGGCGAAGCCUUUGCUGAUGUCUACAAGGUAGCUGGACUACGGGGGAUUUAUAUCGCUAGCCAAAUUGCCGAGAGCUCCAUGAAGCAUGAUCAAAUCCAACCCGAUGACCUGACUACGGUUAUCACGUUCAAUCUAGGCGGCGUUUGGUCCAAAAUUAUUGGCCCAGAAACGGACGAAGAAGGCUUCAAAUUCCCGAACUGCAAUCACUCUUGCUCGCUUCACAUUGCUCAAGAGCUCAGUAAAAGGUUUCCAUCCACCCGAUCCAUCCCCGUCAUGAGCUCGGCCUCGGCUGUGGGUAUCGUCUUGGCCACCGGAAACAUGGGUAUGAGUCUCUCGCAUCGAUCCAACAUGUUUUUGAGUGCGGAUGCUGGCUUGUCAUGGCAUCAAGUUCUCAAAGGCUCGUACUACUUCAACAUUGGGGAUCACGGGGGUAUUAUCGUGGCAGUCAAAUAUUUCAAAACUGAGGGCUGGACCAACGAGCUACUUUACUCCACCAACGAAGGAUUGGAGUGGAAAAAAGUCGUUUUCUACCCUGAACCUCUUAGGAUCUUUGGCCUCUUAACUGAGCCUGGACAAAACACGACGAUUUUCACAAUGUUUGGUACGGCCAAGAACCCUGAAGGCCAUGGAAUCAACUGGAUCAUCAUCAAAGUCGAUUUGCGAUCUGUCUUCGAGCAUGAGUGCACUCAAGACGAUUACAAGCGAUGGUCACCAGCGGACAACUCCGUGGGAAAGCAUCGAAAUUGCAUCCUCGGGCGGAAAGAAGUCUACGAAAGACGAAUGAUCAACUCCAAUUGCUACAAUGGCCUCGAUUACGAAAGGCGUGUCACCGUUGAGACCUGUGGAUGCGAUCAAUCGGACUACUUGUGUGAUUUCGGUUUCAAGAAGGACAAUGAGUGGACCUCGGAUUGUAUAAAAGAUGCCAACUUUCACCCCUUCGACCCGUACGCUAUACCUUUUUCGUGCAAACCUGGUUCUUUCUACAAUCGGACGCGAGGAUACAUCAAAAUCCGUGGAAAUACCUGUGUCGACGGCAGAGCCUCUCGAUUUGAGCCAUUGGAGGUGGCCUGUCCAAUAGCCGAGGAACCUGAAUUCCUCCUCGUUUCUGAACGGAAAGCCAUCAUGCGGGUGAAUUUGAGAAACUUGACUGAGGUUGAGCGAUUACCUCUCCUUAACGUGAAUAAUGUGAUCACUCUGGAAUUUGAUAUGGAGGACAACUGUGUCAUCUAUGGCGAUAUCGAGGUAGACAAGAUAUUCAUGCAGUGUCUCAAUGGAUCCGAGCCUCGUGUCCUAGUAGAGACUAACUUGGAAAGUGUCGAGGGCAUGGCCUAUGAUUGGAUCACGAAGACCUUGUAUUUUGCCGAUGGACCGAAACAUUCUAUCGAGUUGGUCCGUGUGGAUCUUCAAAACGAAGGCCGAAUGAGGAAGACCAUUUUGAAGGGCAAAAUGUCCAGACCUCGAGGGCUGGCCAUUCAUCCUUUAGAGGGCUACUUGUUCUACUCGGAUUGGAACGAGAAGCAACCUCACAUUGGUCGGACAAAUAUGGAUGGGAGUGACCAAAAAAUGUUGUUCUCUCGUCCCUUGGUUCAAUGGCCGAAUGGCUUGGCAAUUGACUACAUAGCGAAUCGCAUUUAUUGGGUGGACGCCAACAAGGACUUCAUUGCAUCUUGCGAUUUAGACGGGCGUAGUUUCAAGAAAGUCCUUUCCGGCCCUACUUUAGUGCAUCCUUUCUCCAUUUCUGUCUUCAAGGAUUUGAUGUUUUGGAAUGAUUGGAACCGCAAGGCUUUGUACUACGCCGACAAGAAUACUGGUAACGGAACCACAGUGGUCCUGAAAGAUAUGGAAGGCGUCAUGGAUCUCAAGAUCUUUAGUUCCAUCCAUCGCGCGGGAAGCAAUGAAUGUUCCAAAAAACCUUGCUCUCAUCUUUGUGUAGCCAUGCCUGCUCCUAAACAUUACCAAUGUCUCUGCCCCGACGGUAUGAAAGCCGAGGAAGACGGAGACAAGAAAGUGUGCAAAUGUCCAGACGGAUCUUUGCCUCUGGACGACGGGACCUGCAAAUCGAAUAACGGACAGUGCUCUGAAAACCAGUUCAUGUGUGCCUCGCAAGUGUGUAUUCCAAUUUUGUGGAGCUGCGAUGGCGAUGAUGAUUGUGGAGAUAACUCAGACGAGGCUGAUUGUGUCCAAGUUCAAUGCAAGGAAUAUCAGUUCCAAUGUGACAAUCGCAAGUGUAUCCCUGACUAUUGGAAAUGUGAUUUUGACGACGAUUGUGGGGAUGGUUCGGAUGAGCGAGAAUGUGAAGAGGCCACUUGUUCCAAAGAUCAGUUCAAAUGCAGCAAUGGGGAAUGCAUCUCACGGAAAUGGAGAUGCGAUUUAGAGAGAGAUUGCCAGGAUGGCUCGGAUGAGGUUAAUUGCACCACCAUGGCUCCCAAGUGUAAACCAGACGAAUUCCGAUGUCCGGAUACCAAGCAAUGCCUUCCCAAUUCGUGGAAGUGUGACGGCGAAAAUGAUUGCGCGAGUGGUGCUGACGAGGAAGAUUGUAGCACUCCCACCUGCAAAGAGCAUCAAUUCAGAUGCGGGAACGGUGAUUGCAUCUUCCAGACUUGGAAGUGCGAUAACCAGACGGAUUGUUCGGAUGGGUCCGAUGAAGUUGAAUGCAACUACAACAAAACCACGACUGAUGCGCCUAACUUACCUCAACCCAUUUUUCCGAAUGGUGAUUGCAAUGAAUGGAUGUUCAAAUGUCAUAACGACCAAUGUAUUCCCUUCUGGUGGAAAUGCGAUGGAACUCCGGAUUGUACUGAUGCCACCGAUGAAUUAGAGUGCAAUAUUCCUGGAAAAAGCCCAACGUCAGAUCCGCAUGGAAUGCCCACAACUCCAGCUCCGAGCGGUUGUUCUUCCAAUAACAAAUUCGAAUGUAAAAACGGCGAGUGCAUUUGGCAAGCCUGGGUUUGCGACAAAGAUCUCGACUGUUCGGACGGCGAAGACGAAGAUCCUUCAAUUUGUCAGGGUCGACCAACGUGCACUCACGAUCAAUUCCAUUGCGAACUCUCGGGUGAAUGUCUAGACUCUUCCAAAAUUUGCGAUGGAAGAACUGAUUGUACUGAUGGAAGUGAUGAAACUGCCUGCACAGACCCUCCCGCUUUCCCUACUUGCGGUGAAAAUCAAAUCCGAUGUGAUGAAGGCCUUUGUCUACCCAAUAGUAAGAUUUGUGACGGACACCGAGAUUGCCAGGACCUCACUGAUGAGAUGUUCUGUAACUUGGAGGAAGUUAAAAUCUUGGGACUAGAAGCUGAUUCUGAGAAGAUAACCAACACGUCGAUCCUAAUCCAUUGGUCAAUUCCGGACAUCUCGCACAAGGACACGUGGGAGUUCUCUCCGGCUUACACUGUGAUGGGCACGGAUCAUUGGAUAUUCAUGGAUUGGGCCAAAAGUGCUGACUUUACGUACGAAUUCAAAAACCUUUACCCUGCCACCACUUAUAAUUUCACAGUCAAUAUCCGCGACGGAGCUCAUUUGUAUAACUUCACAAACUUUGCUGAAGUCACCACUGCUCCCUAUAAGCCAACUCCCCCCGUGAUAACGCAAUUGGAACAAGUUGAUCUUCGAAUCCGAGUCUCGUGGACCCCUCCCCGGAAUCCCAACGGACGAUUGGAGAGAUACAUCAUCCGAGUGUCUCCCAACAACAGAGAGUACGAGCAAGUGGCCAAUCAGACAUCGAUUACAAUCGACGGCAUGUUCGAGCCCAAGAGGAAAUAUUCCUUCACGGUCACAGCAGUUAACUAUGACUACUACGGUGAACCUUCGAGUCCCAUGGAGAUCGUGUUUAACAACAACAUGGUGGAAGAGCGAGUGGAGGAUUUACGAAUUUUGAACGUGGGGGCCAAUUCUGUGGCAGUGUCGUGGCGGUCUAUUCCCAGUAUUGACCAAUUUAAGCUCAAUUACAAGAAUAAGAACCCUUUGGCUUCUUACGAGGACCUGGCCGUUUCGGGCAAUGAUGUCCAGAAUGUGACAAUUUUAAAUCUCUCGCCCAAUGACACUUAUAGCUUGUCGGUGGCUGCCGUGAGAGGCAACGUGACCGGAUUUCCUUCCCGAAUUGAGUUCACCACAUCCGGGCAAUCGCUCCCUCAGCCCAUAAUCACGGAUGUCAAGGUAACUGUGGUGAGUGCCACCUCCAUCAAAUUGACGUGGAAGCUCCCGGACGAUGAGAAACGAAGGGAAGGUUGGACCUACGGAAUAUACUACGGCUUGACUCUGCAGACCAUCUUGCAAGAAGGAUCGCGGGUAACCACCAAAGAAACGUCCAUCACCAUAAGCAAACUGAGAGCGUGCGAGGCGUACAGCUUCAUUGUGGCCAUUGUAGGUCCCGAUGGAUUUGGUCCGGCUUCCAAGGAGAAGACCCUCUCUACCAAAUAUGCGGCUGGAGCACCACCUAAAAAGCUGCGAGUUUUAGUGGAAGAUAAGAACGGCGAAGUGAGCUUGCACAUUUAUUGGAGCGCCUCAUGCGAUCGCAUGGAGCUGAGUAUUGGUUACGAGUUGUCCAUCAAGGACCUGACAUCAGACGUGACCACGCGCCAACAAUUCGCCAAGUCCUCGAACACCACUUUCCAUCAUGAGAUUCAAAACGUUCAUAGAAGCACUCAAUACGAGAUACAAGUGCAAACGAAUGUUCCAGAUUCGGUACCGACCCAGCCUAUCGUGGUGAAUACCCCUUCACUUCCGGCUCCAGUGGGCGUUACUCACCAUUACACUGAAGGUGACGCCUCCAAACAGAUGAUUUACUGGUCGAGGCCCAACAAGAUUCCUUCUUACAUCAAAGAAGACUAUUCCUACCGUCUCUACGUCUCCAGGAUGUCGAACUUUUCUGAACCCAUCGAAUUCAACGCGUCUCGACCUCCGUUUGAAGUGCCUGUCGAAGACCUCUCCCCGGGAUCCAUUUAUUUUGUUGGCGUGGCCAUGGUAGAUAAGGAUGGAUAUACAUCCAAGCUAUCCUCCCCAGUUCCAUUUGAAGUGCCAGUCCCCUUGGAAGACAUCGUCAUUGCCAAAUCCUCGGCCAUGGGCUUCGUGAUUCCGCUUCUGUUAGGGAUAGUGGUAAUGGGGGCUGGAUUAGCCUACUAUGUGCAUAGAAAUCGUCGAAUGACCAGGAAUUUUCAAGCCUUCGCAAGUCGCUAUAGUCCAGCAUCGGGCGCUGCAAUAUUGAAUCAGUCCUCGUUGGAUGACGAUGACGAUUCACCCAUUAUUCGAGGCUUCUCGGAUGACGAGCCUUUGGUUGUUACUUAAUGCGAACAAGUGACAAGUAGUAUGAUCAGGUUCACGAAGGUUUAUUACGACUACUUCUCUCAAUUGUGAUACUUUAUGUUUUUAAUAUCGCGGACAGGCGAAAAACCAGGUGUAAAACCAUAUAGCCAGAAAAGUCUUUCUUUGUUGAAAAAAACAACAGUCCCCACACACAGCAAACGAAACGAAUCUGGAAUCCCAUUUCCCCUUCCUCUCCAAUGGAGGAGCAAGAUUUUUCCCGCCCAAUCCUGAACUUUAUUUGCCAUUGACUUUGUGCAACAUUUCUCUGUGUAUGUUGUUUUUUACCGUAUCACUGUUUGAAGGUGGCCAGCCUCAAAGUAAUUCACAAGUGCUUUUGGACUGUGGCAUUUUUUAGGGAAGCCGUCUGAGUAACUUUCGAACUUUUGAAGUUCAAUCAAUCCACACUCGUAAAGCAACACAUACAUAUUUUAUGUCAAACAAGCAUCUCUUCAGCGACUGUUUUGCCUGUGAAAGAGCAAACGUAUGAUGAUUGAAUGCAUUUCUUGUCAGAAGGCUUGUGAGAAAUUAAAAUCUAGGUCCUAUUUUUAUUUGAUCUUAUUCUUAGUUUUGACCUCUAUCAAUAAAGGAAAUAACCUAAGCA